AUGCUUAGAAACGUUUCCAGACUUGCUAAGAGAAGCGUCAGGGGCCACGCCAGUGCUGCCCACGCGGGUUCUUCUUCCACUGGCGGUGCGGUGUCGGUGGCUGCAAAAUACUUCCCCAACGAGCCCAAACAGCCUACUUUGGUCACUGAACUGGUGCCUGGCCCUAAAUCUAUGGCCAUUAACGACCACUUGGGCACGGUUUUCGAUAACAGAGCGGCUUACUUUGUUACUGAUUUUUAUAACUCCGUGGGUAACUACAUUUCCGAUGCUGACGGUAACAAGUUGCUUGAUGUCUACUGCCAGAUCUCCUCUAUUCCUUUGGGCUACAACAACCCAGAGCUCUUUGUCGCUGCCACUUCGCCUGAAAUGGCUUCUGCUUUGAUCAACAGACCUGCUUUGGCUUGUUUCCCUCAGGCUGACUACGCCAAGAUCCUUGAGGAUGGUAUUUUGGCUGCUGCUCCUCCAGGCAUGUCCAAGGUCUGGACGGCUCUUUCUGGCUCUUGUGCUAACGAAACCGCCUACAAAGCUGCAUUCAUGUUCCAGGCUGCCAAGUCUCGUGGCGCCAUGGACUUUUCUGAUGAAGAAUUGCAGUCUGUCAUGCUCAACAAGACUCCAGGUGCUUCCGAUAAGACCAUUCUUUCCUUUGAAAAGGGUUUCCACGGCCGUCUUUUCGGUUCUCUUUCCACCACCCGUUCCAAGGCUAUUCACAAGAUGGACAUUCCUGCCUUUGACUGGCCUGUGGCUCCAUUCCCUGAGUUGAAGUACCCAUUGAACGAGCACGUUAGAGAGAAUGCAGAGGAGGAGGCCCGCUGUUUGGCUGCUUUCGAGGAGAUUGUCACCUCCCACCCUCCAGGCCACAUUGCUGCCAUCAUCGUUGAGCCAGUCCAGUCUGAGGGCGGUGACAACCACGCAUCUCCAGAGUUCUUCAAGGGCUUGAGACAACUCACCCGUAAGCACGACAUUCUCAUGAUUGUUGAUGAAGUCCAGACCGGUGUUGGUGCCCUGGGCAAGUUCUGGGCCCACGAACACUGGAACUUGCAGGACCCACCAGACAUGGUGACCUUCUCCAAGAAGUUCCAGGCUGCUGGUUUCUACUUCUCAGACCCAGCUUUGCAGCCAUCCCAGCCAUACAGACAGUUCAACACCUGGUGUGGAGACCCAUCCAAGGCUAUCAUCGCCAAGGCCAUCUACCAGGAGGUUGAAAAGAACAACUUGGUUGAGAGAACUGCCCAGACCGGUGACUACUUAUACAAACAGCUCCAGAGCCUUGCAACCAAGUACCCAAACAAGAUCAGAAACUUGAGAGGCGAGAACUUCGGUACCUUCAUUGCCUGGGACUGCGAGAGCCCAACCCACAGAAACGAGUUGUUGUUGAAGAUGCGUGGAGCUGGUGUGAACAUUGGUGGCUGUGGAGAACGUACCGUCCGUUUGAGACCAACCUUGUUGUUUGAGGCUACUCACGCCAACGUUCUUCUCAACGCGCUUGAGCAGGUCUUGGCAAACUGA